AUGGCUACUAAUUUCCAUAAGAAAUGGGUUUCCUUGAGUGUUCUUGUUAUGUGCAUUGUCCUUGAAUUAAGUGUGAUCACUGUUUUAGGUGAUGAGAAGCUUGACCCACAAAGGUAUGGAGAUGAUUGUCGAUUUGGACGUGGACCACGGUGCAGGGGGUGGGGGGGCCGACGUGGCCGUGGUGGUGGACUAGGGGGAGGAGGAGGCUUUGGCGGUGGCGGAGGUCUUGGCGGUGGUGGAGGCCUCGGUGGUGGUAGAGGUGGUGGAGGAGGAUUUGGUGGUGGUGGUGGCCUUGGUGGCGGGGGAGGUGGUGGUCUUGGUGGUGGGGGAGGUCAUGGUGGAGGUAUUGGUGGUGGAGGCGGUUUUGGAGGCGGCGGAGGUGCUGGGGGAGGUCAUGGUGGAGGUUUUGGUGCUGGAGGAGGUGUAGGUGGGGGAGUAGGAGGAGGCAUUGGUGGUGGUGGCGGCGGAGGAGGAGGAGGUGGUGGGGGUGGAGGGGGUGGAUUGGGUGGUGGAUCAGGCCAUGGUGGAGGGUUUGGAGCUGGUGGUGGUGUUGGUGGAGGCUUAGGUGGUGGAGCAGGUGGAGGGGGAGGAGGAGGAGGAGGUGGUGGUGGUGGUGGUGGUGGUUUGGGAGGAGGUUCAGGCCAUGGUGGAGGAUUUGGUGCUGGUGGUGGUAUAGGAGGUGGUGUUGGUGGUGGAGCGGGAGGAGGAGGUGGUGGUGGAGGAGGAGGUGGUGGUGGAGCAGGGGGUGGAAUAGGCGGAGGUUCAGGUCAUGGUGGGGGCUUUGGUGCAGGAGGUGGUGUAGGAGGAGGAAUUGGUGGUGGUGGUGGUGCUGGAGGAGGUGGCGGUGGAGGAAUUGGAGGAGGCUCUGGUCACGGCGGAGGCUUUGGUGCAGGUGGUGGUAUAGGUCAUGGCGGGGGUGGAGGUAUAGGUGGAGGCGGCGGCGGUGGUCAUGGAGGCGGUGGAGGGUUUGGCAUCGGAAUUGGCAUUGGAGUUGGGGUAGGAGGUGGGCAUGGUUCCGGCAGUGGUUCUGGUGUGGGAGGAGGAGGAGGUGGGGGUAAACAUUAG